AUGCAGGUGGAGGGCCGGCGGGAUCUGCCUCAGCUCACUCCUCUCUCCUCAAGUGUCCUGGGGGUGUCUGCCUGGCCAUGCUCUCUCUUCCCACCCUUGACUGAGGCCUGGCUGCAAGUUUCCACGGACCCUGAAGCCCAGGGCUGAGGGGCCUGGAGCCAAGUGGAGAAGACCCCUCUGGCACCAGGGGGCGGGGACAGGAAGGAGAAGAAGCCAUGGAAAGCUGAGGAAGACCUGGAAGAUGCAAGCUUCCCCCUGUCUCUGUUGGAGGGGAAGGACUUGGCUGAGCAACAGGUGCCUGAGCAGGAGCUGGAAGCCAUCAGACUGAAGCUGUGGGCCAUGGAGCAGGCCCACAGGCUGGAGACACCUGGGGCGCAGGGCCAGGCAGGGGAGGAGGAGGGUGCAGAGGGCGCAGGGGCCACACUGGCCAGGCUGCUGCUGAGCCCCGAGGCAGGUAGCCCCUGCCCAAGGACCCCCACGGGGAAGGUGGAGUCGGACCACAGAUCCAUCUACGUGGAUUACGGGAGCACAGCUGAGGAGCUGGAAGCCUACUUCAACCCCUGUGGGGAGGUGCACCGGGUCACCAUCCUAUGCGACAAGUUCUCCGGACACCCCCAAGGGGUCAGUGCCAGCCAGGCAGCAGGGUGGGGAGGCUGGGUGCCCUGGGGUGGCCCUCACCGGCCCUGCCCAACCACCCCAGCUACGCCUACAUAGAGUUUGCGGCCAAGAGCUCAGCCCAGGCUGCAGUGGAGCUGGACCAGAGCAUCUUCCGAGGCCGAGUCAUCAAGGUGUGUGCUCUGACCACCUCCACAUUAACCCAUUCAUCCCUGAGGAGCUGGGACACACAGGUGGAGGGAACCUGAGACUCUUCUCCACCCCCCACCAAGUGGAGGUGCACUGGGCACAUCCUUGGGGCAGCAGGGGCAGGGUGGUGGUGCCUCAGGGCCCAGCGAGUUUCAACUGGAUAUGGCACUGGGGAGAGGCUCUCCUCCCCAGCUGGACCCCUGGGGCAUGUUGGGUUGGCAGGGGCACGUCGCCUGACUAUGCCUGUGGCUGGACAGUUCAGGUCUGAGUGAGAAUUUUGAGAAGGUUGAGAACAGGUCAGGGGCCGACGCCCAGGAGCUUCGGGUUGUAAUUAC